AUGAGCUCGAUGGUCCUACAAUGGGCUGUUGAACAGACUUUGUUCAAGUUCACCCCGACCGAGAUCGGCAACGCACUGGACAUGCUCCCGGAGAGCGAGGAAUUUGGCAACGGAGAUGUCCAAAUUGGCUUGCAGGCUUUCAAUGAUGUAGACGAAAUCACCAGCACCUACAUCACACCCUACCGAGACAAGACAGGCGCGCCAGAUCCGAAGCAGAUACCCUUUGAGAAGCGUGUGGAAGCUCUCGCUCGCAUCCUCAUCACUGUCAGUGAAGAACUAAACGUGCUGACUGACCAAUAUCGGUCCGAUGAGGAAGGGCAGGCAUUCUAUGCACAGCGCAAGGGACCGACGGAGGAACGCAUUCGCAGCCUCAACGACAUGCCGUACUUUGGUCUACCAGACAUUCCGUUCGAUCGUCUGCAAGACCCCGAACUUGGUCCGCUUGAGUUCAACGGAAGAAAGGAGCACGUGUGUGAGACAUGGACUCGAAUUCUGACCCUCCUGCGAUAUGCCAACACCCGGGUCUCGAAGAGCAAGUACAACAUGGCUGGUUGUAUCGAUUCGGAGAAGCAGCGGAACGAGCUGAGCCGUGAUGCACAGCGCAAGCUCAUUGAUCAAGGAGGGAGGAAGUGGCUGGGCCUCGACGAAGACUGGAGUGAACCGUUCCUCGAGUUGCCUGCUUGGAUGCGCCCUACAGGCAUGGACGUUGACAAGACCAGGGAGAUCAAGGAGAAGGACCCGAAUCAGCCAGCGCAACGGCCCAUCAAGUUUGAGGCUGUCUGGUUAGAGGAUUUUCCUGGAGAGAGCCCAGAACUCGGCCCGAAAUGCAAGCAAUUUUGGGCGGACAAAGGCUUGAGAGAAGAGUUUGGCAUUCCGGACCACGUCAAAGCCCCAGAGUUCGCCUUUCCGGGCAGGCGACCAACCGCUCGCGAUCCUCGGGACUUCCCUGAUUAUUCCCUGAUUAUCCCCAAUAGAGGGACAGUCUGCGGGCUUAGCUAUUCUUAA